CAUCAGUCUUCUACCUCGACCAUCUCGCAGUACUUUGUGAAGGCAGCACGACGUACUCUUCUCUCCUUGUCCCUGAUCACGCCUCUUCUCAACAUGGACAAGUCGAAUGCCACCCACAUGGAAGUGUCGGCCUUCCCAGACUCUCACGUCGUCGACUCGUACGCUGUCGACAACAAGGAUGAACAAGUCACAGUCAUCGGUACCAUGGGCCAGGACCCUGAUCAUAAACAACCAGUGAGCUGGAGGGCAUGGGCCAUCGUUGCCAUCUGUGCUCUGGCUACCUUCCAGAACACAUACUACGGUAUUGCCCCUGCUGCGAAUCAAUACGCCAUCGCCGGUGCUCUAGACGGCACUGCAAGUCAAAGAAUCUGGAUCGUCCAGGCUGCUGCCGUUCCUGCCAUCGCUUUCGGCCCAAUCUUUGCCAUCAUCUCGGAUGUCUACGGCCGCAGAUAUCUCAUCCUCGUCGCUUGGACUCUUUUCGCUAUCGGCUCUAUCGUGUCUAUGACUGCCAGUGGUAUGACUGCUGUUAUUGCUGGUCAAGCCCUCUCUGGUAUUGCAUCUGGUAUCUCUGGUAUCAUGUUUGCCGUUGCCUCCGAAGUCCUCCCCGGAGCUUACCGUGCCUAUGGCCAAACUAUCGUCAGUUGGGUUUCCGGUCUGUCAUCCCUGAUUGCCCUUCUCCCCAUCGGAGCCGCGACGACUGCCGACCCUGUCAAUGGCUGGAGAUGGGUCUUCCGCAUCAAGCUCAUGCUUGAAUGCCUCGUCAUCAUCGGCAUUGCAGCACUUUACUUCGUAAGUUUUCUAUCCUCUAUCUUGAUUACUGCGCUGACCAUACACGAUGCANNGCCCCCUCCCCGUACUGCCGCUAGUAAGCAGUCGCUUGGUCAAAAGCUCAAGGCUCUCGACUGGAUCGGCUAUAUCCUACUCUUGGGCGCACUCGUACCAUUCUUGAUGGGCUUUGCUUGGAGUGGUGACUCCAAUUACGGUUGGGCAAACAAGACUCACACCGUUGUUCCGGUUGUUGUCGGUGGCGUUCUCUUCAUCGUCUGCUUGCUUUAUGAAUGGAAGGGAACCAAGACGGGUUUCCUGGACCACCGUCUCUUCCAAAAUGGACGCAACUUCCCCCUCUGCAUGGUGCUCAUCGCUGUCGAAGGUUCGCUCUUCUACCUGAUGAACAACAUCUACCCCUCCCAAGUCAACGGGCUCUGGGAGCAGCCUGGAACCAUCAAGGCCAACGCAUACCUCCUCCCCUUCUUCAUGGUUAUCACCGUCGUCUCGCCCUUCCUCUCCAUCUACGUUACCAAGUUCAGAGAUGUCAAGUGGCCCAUCUUCGCGACNAGCGGCAAAAUGGGCCUUAUCUUCAACGGUAUUGGUGGACUGGGCUUUGCUCCCGUCCUGAUCUUGAUCAUGGUCUGGGUUCAGAACUCGACCCCUCCGCUCUUCAUCGGUACCGCUUCAGCUCUGACUAUCUCCUCGCGUACUCUGGGUGGUACCGUUGGCCUGGGUAUCGCGAAUGCAAUCUACGGAUCUCUCACAAACACCCAGAUUCCCGAGUCCAUCAUCGCUGCCGUCGCUCCUCUCGGCUUCAACCCAGCUCACAUCGGUCAGCUCAUUGGCUUCUACUUUUCCGGCCAGGGCCUCGACAAGAUCCCUGGAAUUAACGGACAGAUCCUCGGCGCUGGUCUCGCAGCACUUCACAAGACAGAGGCACACGCAUACAAAGUCGUCUGGUUUUCCUUCUUACCGGGGUGCUUGGCGGCGAGUUCCAUCUGCCUUUUCAUGCGCAACACAAGCGAAAGAAUGAAUUGGGUAGUUGAUGCGCCUCUCGAGACAAAGGUUGACGCACUUUCCGUCAAGGAACAAGCAUUGGAGGCGGACCAUGCAACCGUUCACAUUCCCACCCUGAACGACAACCUUGAGGUCGAGCUGGUCGAGCGCAGAUAG